UCUCAGAAAUACAUUCAUUGUCUUGCCAGGUGAUUUGAUAGUCUAAAAUCGUCUAGUAGCUUGUAGGCCUACAGUACUCUCUCACCAGCUACUGUACGCGGGGUGAUGCCGGCUGUAGUAUUUUGCUGACGUCAUGAACGGAGCUGUCUGUUAUGCUUUGUUUGUAAUGUGGAAGUUUAGAGUAGACUACUAGCCUACUUCAUCGGUCAUCAAGAGUAACUACGGUCGAACUAUUGUCUAUGCGUCUUUUUUAGUGCGAGAACUGAACUGGUGAAGUAUCAAGAGAAUAUAAUAUCAUCGUAAUAAAUGUCGCCUGGAGGGAACACGCAUUUAGGAUUCGCUUUAGUUAUUCCCAACUUCGGAUAGGCUUCUUGUCGCUGUUUAUAGUGUAAACUAAAAUAAUUUCCUCCUGUUGUAUCGUUAACCUUUUGAAUCCAGUUUUGAAACAACCCUGGAAUAAAGAACUGUAAAGAACCGACUCGUAAGACCGAAUGACUACUGUAAAUUGUAGCGGCAAUGAGGAACUGGACUUCAGACUUAUUUUCGGAGAGGACGUGCAACAACAGCUAGGCCCCACAGGUCCAGACCCUGGUGACAGCACGCCAUACUGUACCACCCAGUCUAUGGUCAAUCAGCCUAUUGCCCAGGCCCAAGACUUACAACAGAGCCAGCAGCACCAUCAGGCUGCUUCUCAACAAGCUCCUCUCCAAACCUAUAGUAACUACCACCCCAGCUCCAGCUAUGAAGUUCACAGUUCCAGAUACUGUCCCAUGGGACACCUCCCCAAGGCGUUCGACUGCCCAAGCAUCCAGAUCACAUCUAUCAGUCACAGUCACCAAGAGCUGGGAACCAGCCAGGAUGCCGUGCCCAUCAGCGGGGCAGACGGCGGGGGGGAGUGCGGUCGUGAACGGUCCUGGUCCAGGGAUCACCUCUACCUACCCCUGGACCCCUGUUACAGGGACUCAUCGUCCCUGAACCCCAGCCCUUGCAGCAGCCUGUCCUCCAGGAGCUGGCUGUCCGAUGUGUCCUCCUGCGAGUCCUUCUCUCACGUUUACGACGACGUGGAGGCUGAGCUGAACGAGGCGGCCGCCCGAUUCACCAUGGGUUCCCCGCUGGCCUCUCCCCUGGCCUCCCCUGGCUGCUCCCCACAAGGCCAGGCCGCGGGGGGAUUCGGGGUAGAGCUGUGGCAGCAGCAGUACUUCAUGAACACCCACUCCCUCUCGCCCCACCAGUCCCCUCGCCAGUCGCCCCGUCAGUCCCCCUGUCACUCUCCGCGCAACAGCGUCACAGACGAGAACUGGCUUAACCCGCGCCCCACCUCCAGGUCCGGCUCAAGGCCCACAUCACCUUGUGGGAAGAGACGACACUCCAGCGCAGACGUCUACGGACAGGGACCUUCCCCCUCCCCAUCCCCUCAUCAGUCCCCCUGCCCCACCCCCAGCCACUCUCCCAGGGGCAGCGUAACAGAGGACACCUGGGUGGUUGGAAGCCCUGGUGCCAUGGGGGCCCUCCUGUACAACCUCUCUGAGGUAGACAUUCCCUCCAAAACCAGGAGGACCUCUCAGCAGGCUCACAUGGGUCUACUGCAUGGACAAGGAGACUCAGGGCUGGUGCCCGAAGACCAAGGAGUCGUGUUGCCUCACCUGGACUCACCUGCAGAUGAGUCUGGGUCUACUCUAAAACAGGAUGGCCUUUUUGAAGAACUUUUUCUCUCGGUUCCCUCACACUUCUCCUGGAACAAACCCAAACCUGGCAACACACCCCUUUUCAGGACCUCAUCCCUACCCCCACUGGACUGGCCCCUGCCCAGCCAGUUUGGCCAGUGCGAGUUGAAGGUGGAUGUGCAGCCACGGGGCCACCACAGGGCCCACUACGAGACAGAGGGGAGUCGGGGGGCCGUCAAGGCUGCCUCAGGAGGACACCCUGUAGUCAAGCUCAUUGGAUACAACGAGAAGCCAGUCAACCUGCAGAUUUUCAUUGGAACGGCAGACGAUCGGUACUUGAGACCACAUGUCUUCUACCAGGUGCACAGAGUAACGGGAAAGACGGUGGCUACUGCUUGCCAGGAAAGCGUAAUAAGCAGUACAAAGGUUCUGGAAAUCUCUCUCCUCCCCGAAAACAAUAUGUCCACCAGUAUUGACUGUGCAGGCAUCCUGAAGCUGAGGAACUCUGACAUUGAGCUCAGGAAGGGGGAGACUGACAUCGGGAGGAAGAACACGCGUGUGCGAGUGGCAUUCCGUGUGUAUAUCCCUCAGCCCAGCGGCAAGGUCCUGUGUCUGCAAGCUGCCUCUAUUCCUGUGGAGUGCUCCCAGCGCUCGGCCACAGACCUUCCCCAGAUGCAGAGCUGCAGUCCCAUCAGCUGCUUGGUCAGUGGGGGGGAGGAGAUGGUAAUUACUGGCUCCAACAUAUCCCCCGAGUCAAAGGUCAUCUUCCUGGAGAAAGGCCCUGAUGGACGCACACAGUGGGAAGUUGACGGAAAAGUUAUUAGAGACAAGAGUAAAAGAUCCAGAAUCGUGGUUGAGAUUCCUACCUACCACAACACCACUGUGAGCUCUGCAGUCCAGGUGCAGUUCUACGUGUGCAAUGGGAAGAGGAGAAGAAGCCAAAGGCAAAACUUCACAUACUUGGCUGGUGCUUCUCCACACCAUUAUCCCACUGCCAGUGACCAUGCAGUUGUGGCUCCUCGGGUGAAGCAGGAGCUCACCGACUCAACCUAUCUGUCUACUUGCAACAAUCUCCCUGGCCUAUAUCCAACCAGCAGCAAGCAGAAUUCUUCUGACGGAGCCUUCUCUCAGGACAGGCCCUUGUAUGGUUCCUCUGGUGGUCACCCUGUGCCUUGUGGUCCGCCCUCCCAGCCAGCAUACACUCCCUCAGGCUCCUCGCCUCUUCAGCACUCCCCUCACCUCCACAGCUACAGUCCCAGUAUGGGAUACCAGCGGAUAAGCCCUAUGCAUACACCUGAUUCAAUGCCACCCCCUCGGACAAAGCCUGUCUACCAGGCCACACAACAUAAUGUGCCUUAUAGUGGCCAGGCCAGCUCUCCAAUGAGACCUGGUCCUGCUGCACUCCAGGUCAUUCGACCUCAGUCUGCCCAGCCCAGGCCAGCUGUCUCCAGCCCUCAUAGGGAAAGUGUGAUGUACCAGAGCCUCAUUGGACCUGAUCUCUCUAUCGCCACUCUCCAGUCUGCCAGAACCCACACCCAGAAUGCAACCCAGCUGCAGUCUCUAAAAUACCACUGUUCCCACUCAGACUCUGACCUAGCGGCUCUACAGGCUGAGUAUAAUCUGAGCUACCAUUCUGACAAAAACUUGCCUGCUUCGUAUUCCCCCACCCCUGGAGUAGCAGCAACCUGCUCCACCUCCCCGUUAGCAUCAGCCUCCUCUGGGGGUCCCCUGAGGCACCUGUCCCCCAGCAGCGCUCAAGGGCUGGCCUCUGGUAUCGACCCCCAGGAGUGUCCCCCGGCACCCCAUUCCCUCUUCUCAAACGACAGAGGGAGGGUGAACAUCAAGCAGGAACCAGAGGAGAAGCUGCCUCUUGGCUCCAUGGGGCUCCAGGAGAUCACACUAGAUGAUGUGAAUGAGAUCAUCGAUAGAGACAUAUCUCAGCUCAGUGGCGGUGGUGGGGCAGCAGAGUCCAAUCAACCAGAACAGGAUACUUAUGGAUGGGAUACUGUGAUACUCCAGUGAUAUUGUUCUUCCAUUCUGUGGCCUUCAUUCGUUUUCUAUUAAUCAUCAUCAUUACUCAGAACAGGAGUUGAAUUGUGCUAUCUAUGCAUUUGGCGGUUCUAUUACACACUGACCACAAUAUUGACGGCAAAGCUGUGGUGGUUUAACUGGUGCAAUUAACCCAGUUGCUGGUAAUGCAUACACCUGUGGAGGUGGUUAGACUGUAGAGAAUGUACCCACUGGGCACAGAUGUCAAUUCAACAUCUAUUCCACGUUGGUUCAAUGUAAUUCCAUUGAAAUGAAGUGGAAACAACUGGCUCGACCAGUGUGCCCAGUGGGUAUGCCUGUUUGUUUGCUUAUCUAACAGUUCAGGAUUUUCAAGUCAAACUAAAAUAUAGCUUAGGAAUAAAGAUGGAAAUACUUCUCAUACCAAAGAUUUUUUAUUUGUUGCCCUUAAGGCACAGCUGAAAUAUAACUAAUUGUCUGUAAAUGCAUGAAAAUUAGGUAUUUGGUGUGGAAAGAACAUUGAUGUCAAUGAAGAGGCUGAAAAAGGCCAAAUACCAAAUGCUGUGUUAAUUUAAUAUUUAUUGGUGAAAUACAUUCGAUUGAAAUUUAUUUUUGAUACUGUAGCUCUUGCAGUUGUAUGAUUCUUUAGAAUAAUGAUACAUUUUCAUAACCUUCUAAUGCCUGGUAUUGUAUGCCUAUUUUCUAUUUUAAGAUUUUAGUUUGCAAAGAAUGUACAGUAUAUUAUCAAGAAUUAUAUGAUACUUUGGCAGUAUGCUUAGGUGUGAAGUAGCUAUAUCAAAGUCAAAGUUAUAAUGAACAAAAAUAUUAAACGCAACAUGCAACAAUUUCAUUGAUUUUACUGAGUUACAGUUCAUAUGAGGAAAUCAGUCAAUUGAAAUAAAUUCAUUAGGCCCUAAUCUAUGGAUUUCAAUGACUGAGAAUACAGAUAUGCAUUUGUUGGUCAUAGACACCUUAAAAAAAUGGGCCUCAGGAUUUGGUACCGGCAUUUUGGUGCAUUCAAAUUGCCAUCGAUAAAAUGCAAUUGUGUUUGUUGUCCGUAGCUUAUACCUGCCCGUACCAUAACCCCACCACCACCAUGGAGCACUUUGUUCAUAAUGUUGACAUCAGCAAACCGCUUACCCACAUGAGCCCAUACACAUACGUGGUGGGUUGGACAUAAUGCCAAAUUGUCUAAAAGGACAUUGGAGGCUUAUCUUGGCAAAGGUGAGAUGCUCACUAACAGAAAUAAGAUUUUUGUGUGUCGAACAUUUCUGGGAUCUUUUAUUUCAGCUCAUGAAACAUGGGACCAACACUUUACAUGUUGCGUUUAUAUUUUUGUUCAGUGCAUUUCAUCAGGUUUUUGUUCAAUUAAAAGAAAAGCAAUUAAUAA